AUGGACAAUCCUCACGACUAUCUCAUCACGAGCCGUCCUCCUUCGCGGCCCAUCGACCCUGACAAUGCCGAUAGCUGGGUUAUGCUCAACCAAGGCGGUUUCGUCAAGCUCGGCAACGAGCGCAUCCUCCAGAAGCUAGAAUCCCGCAUCUCAUGCGACCUCUCAGUGCCCCAAGAGCUGAGGGCGCGGUGCGAGUCGUUUCAGCGCAAGAGUGAUAAGGGCACCCUAUUCCUAACAAACAAGAGGAUCGUCUACCUUCCCUCGAAACCUACUCAGGAGCCUAGAUUCGAAUCCUUUAGCGCCCCGAUCCUCAAGUUCCAAGACUCCACAACCUCCUCAUCGAUGUGGUGGGGAUGGGUCUGGAAGUCAGAUUGUAUCCCCGUGUCAGGAGGCGGGAUUCCUCCAGACAUUCCUCGAAUCGAGGUCAAAUUUACCUUUUCAGAUGGCGGCAUGAUGGAUUUCAAUGAAGCCUACAUUCGACUACGAGAACGCCUAUUCCAGUAUCAAGAGAUGCGUCGUGAGAUGGGCCCUGGCGUGGACGUCCCCGAUGAGCCAUUACCCGCGUAUGAGGCUCAAGCGAGCGAAUCAGCGCCACCACCGCCGGACGGUUCCCUGUCGGUCAUCCGGCAUGAUCGAUCAGAUAGUACCACCAGCCGAAGAGCGCCAGAUGAGCCUCCACCAGACUAUGAUGAGGCCCAAGCUCAGCAAUUAAGUAUCCGACUUGAGGAUCACAUCCGAGGAGAAAUCGACAGGGGGGAUCAGGAUCGCGAAAAUUGA